AGCUUUUAGCUGCCAGACCUGGCCCAUCAUGUAGGUGCAGCAGAGCCUUCCUUACCAUUGCAAUAGGAGGGGGGAAAGCCCACUUUGCAAUCUGUUUUGCAAGGUGUGCAAUUGCAGCUCCUUCCUCUGCAAGGAGAUUUGCUGCAGGAAGUAAGAAAAACUCCAGUUGCAUGAAGAUUGAGCGCUUGCAGUUUGCAUCUUUGUUGCAAAACUAGCUACAGAAGAGAGAAGGCAAAGUCUUUUGUGUUCCCCUCCCCCAUCAAAGCAGAGGGGAAAAUGUCUCAGCCGAGAGGCAGGAGGAAAAACCCAGGGUUGAAAAUUCCUAGAGAAGCAUUUGAACAACCACAGACGAGCUCUACGCCACCUAGAGAUUUGGACUCCAAAGCGUGCAUCAACAUUGGCGAGAAGAACUUUGAAGUCAAAGCUGAUGACCUGGAGCCAAUAUCAGAACUUGGACGCGGUGCAUACGGGGUGGUAGAGAUGAUGCGGCAUGUGCCCAGUGGGCAAAUUAUGGCAGUGAAGCGAAUCCGAGCAACGGUGAACAGCCAGGAGCAGAAGAGGCUACUGAUGGACCUAGACAUUUCCAUGAGGACAGUAGACUGUCACUUCACUGUCACUUUCUAUGGCGCACUGUUUAGAGAGGGAGAUGUGUGGAUUUGUAUGGAACUGAUGGACACUUCACUGGACAAGUUCUACAAGCAAGUCAUUGACAAAGGUUUGACGAUUCCUGAAGACAUCCUAGGAAAAAUAGCUGUCUCAAUUGUAAAAGCAUUAGAACACCUACACAGUAAGCUCUCUGUAAUUCACCGAGAUGUCAAGCCCUCCAACGUGCUGAUCAAUACACUGGGACAGGUGAAAAUGUGCGAUUUUGGUAUUAGUGGUUACCUCGUUGAUUCUGUGGCCAAGACGAUGGAUGCUGGCUGCAAGCCAUAUAUGGCACCUGAAAGAAUCAACCCAGAACUAAAUCAAAAGGGAUACAGCGUUAAAUCUGAUAUUUGGAGUCUGGGAAUCACAAUGAUUGAACUGGCAAUCUUGCGGUUUCCGUACGACUCCUGGGGGACGCCGUUCCAGCAACUCAAACAGGUGGUGGAAGAGCCAUCGCCGCAGCUCCCGGUUGACAAGUUCUCCGCUGAGUUUGUCGAUUUUACCUCACUGUGCUUGAAGAAGAAUUCCAAAGAAAGGCCAACAUACCCCGAGCUAAUGCAACACCGUUUCUUCACCCUGCAUGAAUCCAAAGAGACAGACGUGGCAUCUUUUGUCAAACUCAUCCUGGGAAACUGAGAAAUGGACUUGUAUAUGAGUUUUUCCCUUCUGUGGACUGGUGGGUUUAGGAGGAGGGGGUACCUGGCGGGGACAGCCUUCGUCACAUGAGAGAACCAGUAGGAGAAACUGCCACUGGUCACUUUUGGGGUGUGUGUGUGUGUGUAAAAUCUUAGCCCUCUCCUCUUCGAGGCUUUUUUAAAGGGUUCUUUGGUAUCCAUAGUGACAUAGAAUGAACUGGUUAGUGAAAUGAAUUUUAAUAAGGUUGCCAACCAUAAAAAAAAUACACAAAACAUUUAAUGAUUGAUUUAAAUAAUGACAGUCAAGAGUUCUCUAACCGUCUUCUCUGCUCCCCCAUAUCUUGUUCCCUGUCAAUCCUUGAUUUGCUUUUGUUUAUGGUAAUAGGUGCUACGGUAGUUAUGAAGUUCUAUGUAGAGUUAUAUUUUGUCCCUACCAUUAUUUUAAUAUUUAUGUUAAGUGCUUGAUUUUAAUAGAAUCUUUUGUUUUGUUUUUAUGUGAGAGUUGAGUGUGGACGAUAAUAACAGCUAUAACAGCUGAAGCUACAAAGAUGAGUAUUUAUAGGGCUUUGCUGGGAGGAGGAGGAGAUGGUGUGGGCCAUAUAGAUAUAUUGUGGUUGGAGGACUAAUUUAAAUUUAAGAAAGAGUUUGGCUUACAUGUCAGCCCAGCAAUACCUGAAGUGGUCUGCAUCAUUCUUUUUGGAGAUGCCUGGAGAUGGUAUUAUUUUUGCAAGAACAUCAAGCGGAUGCAAAAACCUGGUUAUUUGUGGUGACUUAGUAUGCCGUUGGUUUAAUUUAUAUCUGCGGUCUCCAAUGAAGGGCGAGAUCCCUUCUGUGGAUUUGGGAUUAAAAGAAUGGAAAUACACAUGAUGUAUGGAAGAACAAGAGCAGCAUUAGCCAUUUGACCAUUGGCUAAGUAAUGGUGAACCAUCAUCCCAUGACCUACAAUCAAGCAAGAGUCCUUUCCAUAUUGUCUGUAGGCCAUGGGUAGUUCAUUGUAUUUAACUGGAGAGGAGAUUCCCUGUCAGAGAAUGGAACCAGGAGGGACUACAGAUACAGAUUUAAAUAAGGGGGUAAAAUCAAGUAGCACAAGAGUAUCACUUUUAUUUUGCUAGUUUUAUAUUAAUAAGAGUAUACUAAGCUUGUCUUGGAUACUUCAGCUUCACAGAUCCAUCCAGAUUUGCCUCUCCCAACCUCACUCCUUUUUCUCUUUCAAGAUGUUUACCUGAGCAUGGAUUGUGCAUAUCCGGCACUGAUUAAAACAGUCUCCAUCUGAAAAGCCAAGUAGAACCAAAUGAACAGGAGUUACACCAUAAGUGUUGCAUUCCUCAUCUUAAUUUUUUAAAAUAAUAUGACUUGAUUUUUACAUACAAUCUGGUGGGAGUUGCACAGAGCAUGUGUUUUGCCUUAAUGCCCCCUUACUCGUAGCCAUAUUGUGAUGAUGGCAGUUGGCCUGGACCUCUUGUUUUAUCAUACACACCUACUCUUCAUUCAGGAUAUUAUAUAAUAAGGCCAGGGUCCUACCUAAUGGAAGAUAGUGCAGUUUUGCCACAUCUGCUUUUACUUGUGAAAUAUUUCCAUUUCCUGAAUAUGAACCGUGGCAAUAUUAAUUCAUCACAUAUUCAUAUUAAUUCAGCCAAAGUUUGGUGCAGAGGGAGAAUGUUGGUCCUCUUGCUACCACAAGAGACUUAAGACACACAAUUCCGCCCCCAAGACAGGGCAUGGCAGCAGUGUGAAGGAGCUUAGGGUUGAGAGAAUGGCCAUCCCAGUGAUGGUCCAGAGCAUCAGUAUUCAUAACAGAUUUGUCAGAAGUGGUCAUCCUGUUCUCCUGCAGUCCACAUUUUACAACGUAACUGGUCCUUUGUGCGUAUAUCCAUUGGAAACCAUUCAGGAGACAUUUCGCUGCAGACAAAACACUAAGUGGGUUCACAUUUCAUUGCAAUCUUAAAGACCUAGAAUGGCUUGUAACCUGCCCCUAGUUUUCCAUUUUAUUUGCAUGGUUUCCCCCUUCAAUCCCCCCCUCAUUGAUUCUGAGCUCCUUUGAUUGAUUGUCUUCAGCUGCAGCUAAAGCGCAGCCAGCCAGUUUUUAGAACUAGUUCCAGCAUCAAUUCUCACUUUGAAAAACAUGACAUUUAAAACCCGCUUUUUGGUUUUCCUACAUAUGGAUCUGAUGCUUUCUGUAGAGAUUGUUUUUGCUGCUUUUCUUUGGAAUAGUGAGACUCAUUUGGACACCACAUCCUCUUGACCUCAGAACACCUUUAUUUGAGUGCUGUGGUAACAGACAGGCUGGAUUUAUGAGAUAGGAUCAGUGUUAAUAGCAGAUAUUAAUACUCCCAUUGGUUUCCAAUAGUAGAAGGACGCCAGUGCUGUCUGCAAUAAGUCAGUCUAGAAAGAUUACUGCUCUGUGAAUCAACACUACAUGCCUCGGGCUUUGUUUUAGGAAUUAAAAUGUGGAAUCUAAGUUCCUUAAUCACUUAUGUGCUUUUGAGUUCUUUCAUCAAAUCUGACUUAGUAAUAAUUUAUUUUGGCAGGUUUAUAGAUCCUUACACAGUCCUAGAAUAAAGCACACCCAAGUUAUCUGUCCCUUUCAAUCAAAACUUAAAAUGUGUGUUUUCUUAUUAUUUUAAAGUUCACAUACCAUGAUAGCGAGCACCAUUUCCAUGACUACUUUCAAGUGGUGAAGGUGCCAUCUCAAUUCCUAUUCUAAAGGAUGGUCAGGAAAAGCAAGGAGAACAAGUAGUUGAUCACAUAGUCCAUUGAUGCCAGGGCAGGAAAUAAUAGGUUUAAAUUGCACCAGUCUUCCCCAACCUGGUUUCUCCAGAUAUUUUGGACUUUAACUCCCAUCAGCCCUGACCAGCACGAUCAAUGGCCAGGAAUGCUGGGAAUUGUAGUCCAAAACAUCUGGAAGGCACUAGGUUGGGGAAGGCUGAAUUACAAGAAGCACGUUUAAACAUUAGAUGAAACCAAUUGAUACAUGCAUAUGCAUGAACACGCACACACACAAAUACACAUGUAUUGUUAUGCAAUGGAACAUGUUACCUGAGGAGAUUGUAGAAUCUUCAUUCCUGGAGGUUGUCAAGAAAAAUCUGAACAGGCAUCCAUCAGGGAUAUAUUUUGUGUAGAUUAUGAUGUCUCUUGUUAAGGGAUUAGACACAAUUACUCCUUGGCUUCAUCCACUUGUAAACAAAGUGGAGGUUGAAAGAAAUUAAGGAAUGAUCACUGCAGUGUUUGAAAUUGAUUCUAGUUGUGCUCAACCUGGGGACACAGCUGGGGCUACAUUUCUGAGACUCAACUGUUCUAGUAGGUGUUGUGGAGCUUAAAUUCAUUGCUAUUGUUAAUUUCAAAGUGCCUAACCCAUCAUAGAUUAUUUAAAUGACUUUGAAUAGAUUUUAAGUUAUGUAGAUUCCUGAUUCCCACCCUUUUGGUGUAGCUACUUUGGCCAAACCAGUGAUCUUUUGUUUCAUCCUCUAUAAAACGACACUACUUUACUUGCCACAUAAGAUAAAUAGUCACACAGGCUCUUGAGAGCAGUAUCUCAUUGUUUUAAUAUUGCUAAUUUCUGAGCGAGAAGGAGCCAGGCAAAGCCCAUGCAUGGAAUCCUAUUACUGACACCAGCAUAUUUGGCCAUGCAUGAUAGCAAACUAAUAAACACUGCAUUCUCAGUGUACAGGGCACUCACGUUAUUGCUAACCAUUGCACUUUGGGUUGCAUAUCCUAGAGGUUUGUGAAGCAGUAACAUUGUUUAUGAGUACUCUUUGGAACUGUGAAGGAAAGGGGAUAACUUUGACGCUUGUGCACAUACUCUGUUUUGCCCUCUUUCUUGCUGAAACGAGGUAAUUGUUGCAUUCUGUCAUCUCAUGCCACACUACUUGAUGAUUUUCCUACUUUCAAAUGUAGACCAUGAUAGCAUAACUCUUUCCUCCAUUAAAAAACAAACAAACACAAA